UAGCUAAUCACGUGACCAGAAGAUUGCGGGAACUUCAAGACGAAAAUGGCAACCACUGUUGGACAAAAACACCAAGAAAAUAUCCAAAUGGCUGCAACUAAAGGGAAAAAAACGCCUCAAGAUGGACUAAACAGACUUGCACCAUCAGAUGGCAGAAAAACUUUGCAGACCCUUCAGUACUCUGCUGUAAAGGAUAGGAAAAAUCUGGGAAAAGAUGCUCUCCUGAAUGCACAGAAAGAGAAGUGUGGAAAAGACAGCAUUCAGAUCUAUGUUGAUCCAGAAACCCCUGAUGUUAAGAGCAAGACGUUCGAUGACAAGGGAGUUCAGACAGAUAAAAAGUCAAUAUCGGAGGAUGACAUUGACCAGGAGGCUUACGAUUUAAUGGUCAAUGAGGAAAUUCCAGAAAACUACUGGAGAGAUCUGGCUGAACGCAGAAGAGAAGCACUGGACGAAUCAUUGAAUGAGAAUGAACAGCUUCAUGGUGAGAUUGAUGAGCUACGAAAUGAAAAUCAAAAACUUGAAAAAAUGGCAAGCCAAGCAGAAUAUUUUGCUGGUGUAAUCCAGGAGUUGGUUGGUGUUGGUGAAGAAACGGAGGCAGAAGACAGCGAGGAUAAAUCUGAAGACCAAGAGGAGGAACGAGAUACCUGUGAUAAAGUGUGUGAUGAUCAGGACAGUGAAAAUAGUGACAGUCCCACAAAAUCAGAGGAAACGUUUAACAAGGUCAACCACGAAACAACAGGUCUCAAAGAUGAAUGCCAGUCGGUCACAAAAGUAGAAACUUCCUGAUUUUACUUUUACUUGAUACAAUAUAUGUGUAGUCCCUGCUGUUGGAGAAAUCUAGACCGGUAUUGUGUUUAAUUUGGAGACUGAUAUCAAUAAAAUUUUACACAAGACAGAAAAAUCUUGUUUAAAUUUACAUUAACAAUGCAUUGAUAUGGCCAAUGCUGGAUGGUUUUAUAAAGUACUGAUGUGCGAUACAUGGCGGCAAUUAAGAUAUUAAACUUUAAAUAAUUUUGUUGUGAAAAGAUUUGUAUAUAAUUUGAUGUACUUUUGUUUUUAAUUUUUUAGUCAUAAGACGAGCAUUAUAAAAUAUAGGUGCUAAAUUUGUUUAGUAGUAUUUUAAGUAAAAGUAUGUUUAGUAGAUUUUGCAUUUGAAAAAAUGAUUGAACUUGAUCACUGCUCUCUUUGCAAAAUUGCAAUAUCUUUAAAGCAUACAUUUUGUUUGUGAAAGUUCUCCAUAGACUUUGACGAAGACUUUAUAGAAUAUUCUUUCUAUAAUCCAAGUUGAAUUUCAAGUUUAUUUGCAUAAUGAUUAGGGUCUGUUUAAAGCUUUGUCUAUGGAAAAGUAAGCCGAAUAUUUCAAAUUUGUAUUGUCAGCAAUAUAAUGCAAUUAAAGAGAUCACAAAUUUUGGAUAACUUGAAUGAGUGAUUGUCCUAGCUGGUUACGUUUCUCCCAUGAUGUUGAAAGACUAAUGACAUGUCAAACAUGUGAAAUAAGCCUUUUUCUGAGAGUAAUGAAACCUAUAGUUCAUAGUAGUUUACCAAAAAAAUUACUGCAGUGUAUAGUAAAUGAAUUUGGGUUUCUGAAAAGUUCAUAUUGUGAUAUUUUAGUUCCAAGGAAGCUAUGUUUAUAUGAUUUUUUUUAUCAUGGUAUACUUAGUGUCUUUGAUUUUUUGAUGUGAUCUGCUUUAUAUGAAAUAGGAUGAGCAUACAUGUAUUUAAGUGUUGAAAGAGUGAAUUCGAAAAGAAUGUAUUGAUGGAUAGUUUGGGAGCAAAUGGAAUUACAAAUAAAUUUGUUUGAAGAGAUAUAUUUUUCCCAAGAAUGAGAGACUUGGAAACAAAUAUUCAUUACUAUUACUAUUAAUAUUUUUGUAAAUCAGCAGCAAGAAUAAAUUUUUUGUAUAUUUGAACAAGGCUGAAAAUUAAUACAGCUCUUUAUAUGUAUGCAUAUUAUCAAAAAAUAUACUACAUAGCAAUAAAACUUUCAAAUAAAAACAUAUGAUAAUUGUAACAUUUACUAAUCUAUCAAAUUGGAGUAAGGUAAGAGUAUUUUAGUAUGAACCGUUAUGUAUAAUAAACUAUUUCAUGAGAUGUUGUAAGUUAGUCAGAGUGUCAGUCUUAUAACUUUUUUUAUCCCAUUUUAAUCCUUUGUCAGUCUUUGAUAGUUUUGUAAACAAUCUAAAUAAUGUUGAUACUUUUUUAAGAAAAUAAAUAAAUUUUGUUAAUUUUUUCA